GCUGUAUGGAUUCUUCUACUACUUAUAUCCGCCGAGUGGCACUGCGUGGGACACACUUGACUCUCCAGGCCGAGGCAUGAGGGGUGACACUCGCCAACUCCCAACCUCAGUCACCAAAGGCCGUUUGUCCAUACUGCUGUCUCUUGAGUGUCUAAAAGACACAUUCAACUCUUAAUAGCCACGGAAUGCAAAACUAGCUAGCAAUGUCCUCCAAGCGCCAGAAAAUCAGCUCACAGUCGAGCUCAACUGUUUGGUUUUCAGGCCGUGGGCCCAAGUUCGCCCCCAGAGGCAACUCCCGUAGCUCAGAAACCACUUCAUCUCCUGGAUUUCAAACCCCGAUAGGUCGAAGGGCCAUUGCUAAGAGCCAAUCUGCGAAGACUCAAUUCUCUAGGCAAGGCUCCGUGCUGCAAACUUCCCUGCCCCCCUCGUCACCCGCUCUGUCACAACUGGCAUCAGCGAAACGAGCCGCCUUCGGAUUGCCGCGGUCUCAUGCAAAUGGCGGCUCCUCGUCCCUCUCACGAACCAGUAACCAUAUUGCUGAGAUUGAGAGUGAAGCAGAAGUACAGGAUCGAGAGGAUGCCGAUGCGUUGAACGAGAUCAUAAUGGCGAUUGACAUGAGAGAUCGGGGUACGCUGGGGUGUGCAUAUUACAUUGCAAGGGAGGAGAAGUUGUUCCUUACGGAGGACAUAAAACUAUCUGGCCUGGAUAUUGUUGAUACUCUGAAGCUACAUGCUUCACCCACUGUCGUUCUUAUUAGUACCAAGUCAGACGACGCCCUCGAAGACCAUCUCAUGAAGGAUGCAAGUCGCGGUGAUAAUCCUGAUGCAAUUUUCGGUGCAUAUGUUCUUGAUUCGAGACCGUCAGCUGAGUUUCAGUACGAACCCGCAAAGAGCAAACUGGUGAAUUGCGACCUCAGCGGUAGCAAUGGCCCGCGCAUGCAGUUCUCCACACCAGGUGACGAGCUUAUGGGAAACAUGGGAUAUAUGCAAGAUCCCGAAGAGUAUGAAGCUGCGGGUUAUCAAGGACGACUUCUCGGACUUGCUGGGUGCAUUGACCUUGAGAGCCGUGUUUCGAUUGGGUGUGCGGGCGCAGUAUUGAGCUAUCUUUCGAGACGCAGAACGACUGAAUAUUUACCAGGGGACCAGGAGGCCCUGAUAGCAUUCAAUGUUAGCACGAUUGAGAUGUUCAGCCUGGCAGACAUGAUGUUCAUCAAUGCCGAUACCCUCAACUCGCUACAGAUUCUCCAGUCUGAAUUUCACCCAAAUAUACACAUGCAAGGACCUACCAAAUCCAACUCAGGGGUCAAAGAGAGCUUGUCUGUGUAUGGCCUCUUCCACCAACUGGCUCAUACUCCCCAAGGCAAACACAAGCUCCGACAAGUUUUCCUCAGACCAAGCCUAGAUUUGAAUUUGAUACAGGAACGCCACAAUACGAUUGCCAUCCUCCUCAGACCUGGCAAUGCGGACGCCUUGAAUAUCAUUACCCAGAGCCUCAAACGAAUCAAGAAUAUUCGUACUGUGCUGAUUCACCUCAUGAAAGGGGUCGGUGCCUCAGCUAGCAAAGGCGGAGCAAUAAAACAGGGCAUAUGGGGAAGCCUGCAGCAGUUUACCUUUCAUUCGUUGAAAGUUGUAGAUGCAAUUCGGAGCAUUGAAGACGGGGACAAGCUGGCAAUUGUAGGCAAGGUUCUGAAAGAGUUGCUGCCAGCCGAGCUACAUGUUGUUGGUGAGCUCAUCACCCAAACUGUAGAUUUUGCAGAAUCAGAUCUACACCAUCGCACUAUCGUGAUGCAAGGCGUGGACUCAGAUCUGGACAACCUAAAGAGGACGUAUGAUGGGCUCGAAGAUUUCUUGAGCCAAAUGGCGGCAAAAUUGGUUGCUGAGUUACCUGAAUGGGCUGCUCAGUAUGUCCAAAACUGCAUAUUCUUUCCCCAACUCGGGUUUCUCACAGUGGUUACUCUCGAUCCCGAAACUGGCAGGGGUAACUAUGAGGGCCAGGGACUGGAUGACGACGCCUGGAAUCUAUCGUUCUGCACUGAGGACAUGGGAUACUACAAGAACCGCCAAAUGAAAGAGAUAGAUAAUCAUUUUGGUGACAUGUAUGGCAUGAUCUGUGACAGGGAGAUUGAAAUUAUUCAUGAACUUGCAGUAGGAGUACUCAAACAUGAGAAAGUUCUCAAAGACACAUCAGACAUUAUAGGAGACCUCGACUGUCUUGUUGCCCUCGCACAAGGAGCCCGAAAGCACAACCUUCUGCCUCCACAGAUGACAAACGACAACGUAAUAGAUAUUACUGGUGGCCGGCAUCUUUUGCAGGAGCUGACAGUACCUUCAUAUGUGGCCAAUAAUGUCUUUCUCCAGGGAGGUAGUGGCAAAGAUGAUGGUGAGGAAGCGAUGUCUACACAUAAUAACCAACCAAAGGGCCCAAGCCUCCUCUUGAUGACUGGGCCAAACUACUCUGGCAAAAGCGUUUAUCUCAAGCAAAUUGCACUCAUCGUUUACAUGGCGCACAUUGGAAGCUUUGUCCCGGCAGACAGUGCCACCAUUGGCCUAACUGACAAAAUACUAACUCGAAUUGCCACGCGCGAAAGCAUUUCCCGCGCCCAGAGCGCCUUUAUGAUCGACCUGCAGCAGAUUGCCCUGGCCACCACCUUGGCUACACACCGCAGUCUCAUUGUCAUCGAUGAGUUUGGGAAAGGGACGAACUCUUCUGAUGGAGCUGGCCUUGCCUGUGGUGUCUUUGAAUGCUUUCUCAGCCUAGGGGUUAACCGACCCAAAGUCCUCGGUGCCACACACUUCCACGAGAUCUUCGCAGGUGGUGCACUGCAGGAUCGUCCAGAGCUAGAAUUCGGGCACAUGGAAGUACGUGUCGACGCUGAGAGCGAGAGCGUUGAGGACCAGGUCACAUAUCUGUACAACUAUAAAUCUGGUAAAAGCAUGUCGAGCUUUGGGACUUACUGCGCUGCGAUGAAUGGGGUCGAUCCCGCGAUUGUUGAGAGAGCGGAGGAACUGAUUAUCCUGUCGAGCAAGGGGGAGGAUCUGGUAGCCGCCUGUGCGAAAAUUUCACAAAAAGAGGCGGCCAGUUUGGAGGAGGCGGAGCAGAUGGCGAGGAGAUUCUUGGCGCAAGAUAUGCAUUAUCAGAAUGGUGAACGGGGCACGGUGGCUCCUGAUAUUAAGGAAAUGCUUCACGACAUAUUGGCGAGAGCUUGAACUCAAGCUCUGUAUUGUUGAUAAGCUGCACAUCUCUUUGCUAUAUUGCUAACACAUAAACCAUGUUCCAAUCUUGUGGAGUAAGCUAGCUAUCGCGCUAUAAAGGAGCUUUAUGAAUCAUUUAUUUUAUCAAGCCGCUGUAUGUCACCAACUGAAAGUGUUGGUUUAUUGUACCUCGCCA